UCUGACUUAAUAUUUAUUGUCCAGAGGCUGGGCGAGAAGUGAUUUGGUUUAUCUGCUUUUCUUUCUGUGUGUCCCGCUUCUUUGAAACUGUUGUUGGUGUUUACAGGUAGUUGAACAUACGACUCGUUUUUAUCAUCCCUUAUAUGAUUGGUUCGGAUCAGUGGAAGUUUCCAGUAACUCUGUCUGAAUUCCAACGUGGCCACCUCCUCAGCCUGAACGAUGAGACCGAGGGGAUUUUAUGUUUAUCAUUUUUUAGGAAGCAACACGAGUAGAGGAUAURAAUUUUAGUGACCACUAUGAGCUGACCACUAUGAUUGUUUACAAAAUGAGACGUGAGAAAUGACUCUUGGUUGGUUCAAGAAGACACAUAGAAGGAAGCAGCUYUAAGUCUGUUGGCUGAUAACUUGGACCAAACACCUGAUCAAGUGGAUUUUUGCUCUCCGGUUUGUUAGAAAGGCCUUUCCUGUGUUUACUGAUGGAGCAGUGGAGGUGAGCCGGUUCACCCCGUCUCACYAUGCUGGCUCUGACCAUGGAGCAGGGCAGGCGGGGGAUGGAUGAGGCCAGCAYCAUUCGGCAGGGCCGGCCGGCAGGGCAGCGGGUCAACAUUAAGGAGAAGAUCUCCCAGUGGGAGAGUAGGACCCAACAGAGCAGCAGCAGAGAUAGAGGAGUCAAAGUACACCCUCCUGUUGUGUCCAGAACGCUGUCCAGUGACCUUCUGGGGAAUGGAUAUUCCAGUGAAUGCUUGGAAGUYGGAAUUCAUGCAAGAGAUAGCCGGUCAAGAGCAAAAAGUACAGAGUUAGACUUCAGGGAAUCUCCAGCUCAUGACGUCCACAGCGUGGCUGCUCGAAAGUCAGAACUGUUCAAGAAAUCCUCCACUUCAUUUUCAAACCCAUCUCCUGGAAAACACAGCACAGCAAAAACUUUUGUAACUUCCAAAUUUAACACAGACACCCUUCCUUCAGCCAACGGCAACCCCAAACUGGAUCGCCUUCCUGACAUCUUAAUUGCCUCCAAGCCUCUACCUCCUUCAGCUGGUGAUCAGGACGACAACAUGCCUGCUGGAAACUUCUACACGUCUCGGGGUUUCUGGAGGAAGCUGGAGGGAGACAGGCUGCUGUGGGAGAACAGCAGGAGCAACGCAAGCGACGCGCUGCCCCCUCCCAAACCCCAGCGCACAUUCCAGUACCGCKGGACCAGCAACAACACGAAGUCGUGCUGGGACAGCGCAUCCCCUCACAACAACAGCAGUUUCAACCUGAGGAGCAGGAGGGUGGUGAAGCCGCCGAACUUCCCACCUCCGCCAUGUCCUGUCAUCCACACCGAAGGGCUGUCCAGGCAUAAGAAGAACAGGAAGUCGUUUGAGUAUGAAGAUGCGGCCCGCCUGACAGCUCAGCAGGGGACUGUGGGAAACGGAGACGUCCACCCCGACCUCUACCAUGCCUACUCUGAUGACAAUAUUUAUGAGGAUAUUGUGUUGGGCAGUCUUCCACCAGCAUCUCUUGAAGUGCUUGGAAACCAAAAUCUGCAUUGUGUUUUUGAAGGUUUUUAUACAUGUCAGAUCAUCUGAUAUGAUUUAAAUCUUCCAG